GCGCGCUCGAAGGCGUGACGUCGUGUAGCCGCGUAGAAUUAUAUAUUGUAGGUAUUAUUUUUCACACCUGCGCGAACGCGCGCGCGUUCGCGACGUUCUUUAUGAUUUCGCCAGCCGCGAUUGUUCCUCGUGCUCCUCGUGAUUAUUCGCACGCGCUUUAGUGCUCCCUCCCGCCGUUCCGUUUCUUCCGUUCCCGUUCGCGUGCGCUUCUUUCCUCCUCCGGCUCCGGCGUAAAACUCGCGCGAAGUCGCCGCGAAAGUGCCGUGAUGAUCGCGCGACGAUGAUGCGUCGCGACGCGCUCGAUUCAGUGAGUGUGCAAUAGUGUUCAACAGAUUACGCGUGCCGAUCAUCGACGGCCGACUAGUAUGAUGACCAGCUGACGGAUGUGUUCCUCUACCUCCACACGGCGUCGGCGGGAUUGACGAUCGAGCAGACAGUGGAAGGAUGCUGGGUAGCGUAGGAGGUCGGCACGUGUCUUCGCGUCGGCGUGGCAGCAAUCCGUUGAUGCGUGGAGGUGUGGGCCUCACCGGCUAUGGCGCCACAUCCGGUUUCGGGAACGCCGAUAGCGGCGGGAUGCAGCUGGAACCGAUACCUAGAUAUGCUGCCAGGAGACGAAGAGCUGUCACCACGAGCGACCACAAGAGCUGUGCCCUCAUUCAGACACGGCUCAAGCUUGGUGAUAUUAUGUUGGCAGCAGCGCAAGAGGCGGCACAAAGGGACCCUGGAUACGCGAGGAGAAGGCCGAGGUUGGCCGGACUGAAGACUGGUCUCGGUGACUGGACUAGCUUCGGAGGGGAGGUACCUGGUCUGGUGGACAUGGCGCCAGGCCGGGAUCAGGGCGGAGGGGCUGGUGGCGGUGGGGGAGGCGGCACCACGUCGUUGUUCAUUUUGUCGGAGGAUAACUGCAUAAGGAAGCACACGCGCUUCAUCAUCGAGUGGCCGCCCUUCGAGUACGCCGUCCUGCUCACCAUCAUCGCCAAUUGCGUGGUCCUCGCCCUCGAGGAGCACCUACCGCAUCAGGACAAGACCAUACUCGCACAGAAGCUCGAGGCCACCGAGGUCUAUUUCCUCGGGAUCUUCUGCGUCGAGGCGAGCCUCAAGAUCCUCGCCCUCGGCUUCGUCCUCCACCGCGGCUCCUACCUGCGCAACAUCUGGAACAUCAUGGACUUCUUCGUCGUGGUGACCGGGAUCAUCACGGCGUUCUCGCAAGGCAUAAAACGGGAUAUGGAUCUGCGCACGUUGCGUGCGAUACGCGUGUUGCGACCGCUCAAACUUGUCUCCGGCAUACCGAGUCUUCAGGUGGUGCUCAAGUCUAUCAUCAAGGCAAUGGCGCCACUCCUGCAGAUCGGUUUGCUGGUACUCUUCGCUAUCGUGAUAUUCGCCAUCAUCGGCCUCGAGUUUUAUUCGGGAACUCUGCAUAAAACGUGCUACAACAUAGAGGACAUCAAUUUAAUCGUGAGAGAAGGCGAGCUGCCAAGCCCGUGCAACGCGAAUAGCGACGACGAGCACCCGUUCGGGGCCCAUGUGUGCAACGCGAACACCUCGAUAUGCCUGGAACGCUGGGAGGGACCAAACUCGGGCAUCACCAGCUUCGAUAACAUCGGAUUCGCCAUGCUCACUGUCUUCCAGUGUAUCACUAUGGAGGGCUGGACUGCCAUAUUGUACUGGACGAAUGACGCUCUUGGCAGCACGUACAACUGGAUUUACUUUAUACCAUUGAUCGUCCUUGGAUCAUUCUUCAUGCUGAACUUAGUUCUUGGUGUCUUGAGCGGAGAGUUUGCGAAGGAGAGAGAGAAGGUGGAGAACCGGCAGUCCUUCCUGAAGUUGCGGAGGCAGCAGCAGCUUGAGCGCGAAUUAAAUAGUUACCUCAAUUGGAUCUGCAAAGCAGAGGAGGUGAUACUCGCCGAAGAGAGGACCACAGAAGAGGAGAAAAUGCACAUAUUAGAAGGAAGAAGAAGAGCAGCGGCGAAGAAAAAGAAGCUAAAGAAUCUUGGCAAGAGUAAGAGCACUGACACGGAGGAGGAGGAGGGCGAAGAAGACCAGGACGAUGGUUUCUCGAGAGCCUCCUACUUCAAGUCAAAGGUGAAGAAGCAGGGCACGUGCUUGCAAUUUUGGCGAGCUGAGAAGAGAUUCAGAUUCUGGGUACGCAAUUCCGUGAAGUCGCAGCAGUUCUACUGGUUCGUCAUUAUCCUUGUGUUCUUCAACACCAUCUGCGUGGCCGUCGAGCAUUACGGUCAGCCGGCAUGGCUUACCGAUUUCCUCUUCUACGCAGAGUUUGUGUUCCUGGCCCUCUUCAUGAUGGAGAUGUUCAUAAAGAUGUACGCGCUGGGUCCUCGCACAUACUUCGAAUCAAGCUUCAACCGCUUCGACUGCAUCGUCAUCUCGGGCUCGAUCUUCGAAGUGAUCUGGUCCGCGUUGAAGUCCGGCUCUUUCGGCUUCUCCGUCCUACGUGCCCUUAGACUCCUGAGAAUUUUUAAGGUCACCAAAUACUGGAAGAGCCUGAGGAACCUCGUGAUAUCGCUGCUCAGCUCGAUGCGCAGCAUCAUCUCUCUGCUCUUCCUGCUCUUCCUCUUCAUCCUCAUAUUCGCGCUGCUCGGCAUGCAGCUAUUCGGUGGCCAGUUCAACUUCAGCGAAGGCACGCCGCCCACCAAUUUCAACACCUUUCCCAUCGCACUACUCACUGUCUUCCAAAUCCUGACUGGAGAAGACUGGAACGAAGUGAUGUACAAGGGUAUCGAGUCGCAGAACAUGGCCUACUCACUCUACUUUAUCGUGCUGGUGCUCUUCGGCAACUACACUCUGCUGAACGUCUUCUUGGCUAUCGCCGUCGACAAUCUCGCGAACGCACAGGAGCUAAGCGCCGCCGAGGAAGAGGAGAAGGAAGAGGACAAGGAGAAGCAGUUGCAAGAACUCGAGAAAGAGAUCGAGUCGCUACAGAAACCUGGGGACGGUGGUGCACCGAAGGUAGAAAUCUGCCCUCCAAGUCCAACUCAGAAUUUCAGAGACGGAAGAGGUGAAACCCAGACAUCCGAAGAGAGGAGGCAGGAUGAAGACGACGACACGGGACCAAAACCAAUGCUGCCAUACUCCUCCAUGUUUAUACUGUCCCCUACGAAUCCCGUAAGAAGAGCCGCCCACUGGAUCGUGAACCUUCGGUACUUCGAUUUCUUCAUAAUGGUGGUGAUAUCGUUAUCGAGUAUCGCACUGGCUGCCGAGGAUCCGGUUUCAGAGGACGCGCCGAGAAACAAGAUCCUCAACUACUUCGAUUACGCGUUCACCGGCGUCUUCACUAUCGAGAUGGUGUUGAAGAUCAUCGACCUCGGCAUUAUACUGCACCCGGGCUCGUAUCUGCGCGAGUUCUGGAACAUUAUGGACGCAGUUGUGGUGAUAUGCGCCAUGGUGUCGUUCGCCUUCGACAUGAGCGGCAGUUCGGCCGGCCAAAAUCUUUCGACCAUCAAAUCGCUGCGAGUGCUGCGAGUGCUCAGGCCGCUCAAGACGAUAAAGCGCGUGCCGAAACUCAAGGCAGUGUUCGACUGCGUGGUGAAUAGUCUUAAGAACGUCAUUAACAUUCUCAUAGUAUACAUAUUGUUUCAAUUCAUAUUCGCUGUGAUCGCGGUGCAGUUGUUCAACGGUAGAUUCUUCUUCUGCACCGACGAGAGCAAGUAUGAGCCAGAGGAGUGCAAAGGUUCCUUCUUCGUUUUCGAGGAGGGUUCGUCAUUACCAGAGCUCAAAGAGCGAAAAUGGGAUCUCCAGUCCUUUCAUUACGACAACGUGAUGGUGGCCAUGCUGACGUUAUUCGCCGUCCAGACCGGCGAGGGUUGGCCGCAGAUCCUGCAAAAUUCAAUGGCGGCCACGUACGAGGACAAGGGCCCCAUUCAGAAUUUUCGCAUCGAAAUGUCCAUUUUCUACAUCGUUUACUUCAUUGUCUUUCCGUUCUUCUUCGUCAAUAUCUUCGUGGCCUUGAUUAUCAUCACGUUCCAGGAGCAAGGGGAGGCAGAACUACAGGACGGCGAAAUCGAUAAAAAUCAGAAAUCUUGUAUAGACUUUACAAUACAAGCUCGUCCGCUCGAGAGGUACAUGCCGAAGGAGCGGAACAGCAUAAAGUACAAAAUCUGGAGAAUAGUUGUAUCCACGCCAUUCGAAUAUUUUAUCAUGAUACUCAUCGUACUGAAUACAUUACUGCUUAUGAUGAAGUUCCAUCAGCAAACCGAGCAGUACAAGAACACGCUGAAGUACAUGAACAUGUGCUUCACAGGGAUGUUCACUAUCGAGUGCAUACUGAAGAUCGCCGCAUUCGGCGUGAAGUAUCACGAUGCGCCGCCAGUUUUAUUGGACUUCUUGACCGUCGUGAACUUGGUCGUCACCUUGCUUUUCCUCAUUGAGUGCAUCCUUAAACUCGCCGCCUUCGGAUGCAAGAACUUCUUCAAGGACGCCUGGAACACCUUCGACUUCAUCACAGUGAUCGGCAGCAUUGUGGACGCCCUCGUUAUUGAGUUCGGGGAGAACUUCAUCAACGUCGGCUUUCUGAGGCUCUUUCGUGCCGCCAGGCUCAUCAAACUACUCAGGCAGGGAUACACGAUACGAAUUUUGCUUUGGACCUUCGUACAAUCUUUCAAAGCUUUGCCUUACGUUUGUCUCCUCAUUGCGAUGUUGUUCUUCAUCUAUGCGAUCAUCGGCAUGCAGGUAUUCGGUAACAUCGCGCUGGACGCUGACACUUCUAUUAACAAGCACAACAAUUUCCAAAGCUUCAUACAAGGUCUGAUGCUGCUUUUUCGGUGUGCCACUGGUGAGGCUUGGCCGAACAUCAUGCUGUCCUGCACGAAGGGCAAAGUUUGUGACGAGAAGGCCAAUAAGACUGCCGAGGAUGCGAAUGAUUGCGGUUCCAACCUUGCCUACGUCUACUUCGUGUCGUUCAUCUUCUUCUGUUCAUUCCUCAUGUUGAAUCUGUUCGUCGCUGUCAUCAUGGACAAUUUUGAUUAUCUCACGCGGGACUCGUCAAUCCUGGGCGCUCAUCAUCUCGAUGAGUUUGUCCGGAUCUGGGCUGAAUAUGAUCCGAACGCGACCGGCAAGAUCCACUACACGGAGAUGUACGACAUGCUGAAGAACAUGGACCCGCCGUUGGGGUUCGGUAACAAGUGCCCGAAUCGGCUCGCGUACAAGAAACUAAUCAGGAUGAAUAUGCCGGUGGACGGUGACGGCAAAGUGAACUUUACCACCACGCUGUUCGCCCUGAUUCGCGAGAACCUCAGUAUAAAAAUGCGAUGUGCCGACGAAAUGAACCAAGCCAAUGAUGAACUGCGGGACACGAUCAGGAGUAUCUGGCCUUUACAAGCGAAAAAAAUGUUGGAUCUUUUGAUACCUAGGAACGAAGAAUUGAGCAGAGACAAGCUCACCGUGGGUAAGAUAUACGUCUGCCUUCUGAUACUCGAAAGUUGGAGGUCGACGAGGUUUGGUCAGCUAAAGCCUGCCGAACAGAACGAUAACGAUCUUAUCGAUAACGAUAAUGCUGGGCAAAGUCCUGCAGCCCAGGCGCAAUCGGCCUUCUACAACUGCCUGCUGGACAUGGCGGCGGUAAAUCACACCGGAAAUAAUCAUGGAGUCGGAAGUAGGGCGAACAGCCUCGAACCGGUGAUACGGCCGGAUGCGAAGCACGAACGACACAAAGAACACAGGGAUGAGGAUGAAGGAGGUGCGCUGGGCGUCCUCGCAGCCGCCGAGCACAGACGUCAGCGUAGCAUCAGAAACAAAAAGGUGAACUGGAAGAUGUCUCACCAGUACGAUAUACUAGGCAGCAGCGGAGAGAGUAGCCAGGGAGGGGGUGGGUCUGGGGUUGUAGUUAAUGACGAGGAUCGCGCCCCCGAGCUAGAGCCGUUGCUGGCCGAGGUGCCUUCCCAGCGGGAUGAUCAAAACAACUACUACCACGACCAUCACCAUCACGACCAAUACUACGAUACCGACAAUGAUCAAUACUAUGACCGUCACCAAUACUACCACCACCACCACCAUCACCAUCAUGAUCAUCAUGACCACCGACCACCCUCGUACUACCAACACCAGAAAACCUACGCACCUCGCUCCUCGAUCCGUUACCACAAGGAGCUGCAGGACGUCGUACCGUCCGACUCACGUGCCGGUAGUGUCGAGAGUCUUACGCAUCCUGACAGGAUCCUUCGUCCGCAUCAUCCCUCAGCGCCUCCCCAUAGACGUUCGCGAUCGCCAAGUAUAAGAAGACACUCGCCAACAAUGCCUAGAUCGCCAUCGCCAAGGCGACACGGUCGAUACGACCAUCACGGUCAGUACCACGAAGGACCAGGGUUUAGUGACACCGUUAGCAACGUCGUCGAGAUACAAAGGCACAUUCAUCAACCCCAUGCGUCACAGUAUAAUCAUCGGCAUAGGAUACGAGAUUAUUACGACCACUGCGACUAUUACGACGAUGGUCCAUGGAGCGCUUCGACGAGUCCAGCCAGGUCGCCGAGUCCGGUUCAUCGGAUCGAGCGCGGCGGCCGUUACGGCACGACCAGUCUGGAGCAGCGCUCGAGAAGCCCGAGCCCGAUAGGCGGUGGUCGUCCGCACCAUCAUCAUUAUCGCCAUCAUCCGCAUCAACACAGCUACCCGGUGCUAGUUCCGAGGAGGGGCCAGGGUCGCCGGCUGCCGCCGACACCGAACAAGCCGUCGACCCUGCAGCUGAAGCCGACCAACAUCAACUUCCCCAAGCUGAACGCUUCGCCCACCCACGGACACAUGGCGCCGGCUGGGCCACCCCACGUGGGAUCGAUGCCGGGUCAUGUGCUGCAGCACCCACAUCCGCCGCAUAUGCCCCCGAGUAUGCAGCCGAGCCAUCACCCCUUGAGCUUCGAGCAGGCCGUCGCAAUGGGCCGCAGCGGCCGUCUGCUGCCUAGCCCGGUGCCCAACGGCUACAAGCCGCAACCGCAGUCCAAACAGAGAACGCCUAGGUCAAGGCACUCUGACAGUGACGAGGACGAUUGGUGCUAGCCAAAGUGGGACCCUGGACGGUGGUCCGAUGACGUGGACGCCCCCAGGCGUCUUAGGGUUUGCGCGUGAUAGUCGUCCACGUAGGACGCGUGUUGAUUUCGGCAUGAGGGCAAAGGAAGAGCCGCGCUCGAUGGAUACCAGACUCGAUGGAGUCCCGGAAGGUUUCCACCGGGUUUCUCCACUGGUCGAAGACGACGUUCCAAGGGAGCAGUUCCGGUCACGUCGUCGCGGCAUAUUCCAACGUGACCGAGAAAAGGAUUUGAGAGAGCUAAAGACGAGGAAAA